UUUACCGGAUAAUGUUGGGGAUACUCAGUGGUAUAAUGCCUGUAUUCCAUCAUUCAGCAAUAAGUGUUUGGAAACUCUACCUAUUGCAAUACGAAAUUGCAGCAAAUACAACGAAUACUUUUUGAAUCGACCACACAGUUGUGAUGUAGCAUAUUGUUUUACUUACGGAAUAUAUGAGAAACCCCCGUCCUAUAAAGUCGACAAACCUAUCAUUGUACCGGAUUUCGACGAGAAAGAGGCUAGCGGUGCAAAGUACCAGAUUUUGAUUUUUAAGUGUUCUCUAGAGUCAAGUACCUUUGAUCUUCAAGACUAUUUGUAUCACGUUUUAUGGACAGCUGAUGGCGAGAUUAUUUUUUCAUCAAAAAUUGUUGAGUAUUCUCAAAGGCACUUAACCAACCUUCGGACAGCAAAUUUUGAUGAAGAAGGACUAGAUAAAUUGGGAAUACUACUUAAAUGUGCGGUUCGAAUGAAAAAUUUGAACAGCGAAAACGGCCCAUUUGGACCAUCGUCCGAAAGUGACUCAAAAUUCAUAGGAAUAAAGAUCCUUAAUCCCAUCAUACAAUUAAUUGAAGGAGAAAAAUUGUCGGACAGAGUUUUACUUCAAUCAACGAUUCCAAUUCCAUGUUUUGGAUUAGGAAGUCCAUACAACUGUUCUAUUCAAAUAGAAAUAGCUACUCAAGAAAGUGAAUGCAAGCCUCUGAGAGAAAAGCAUAGAAUUAGCGACGGAGAAAUAAGUAAUUGCAAAUUACGUAUUCCAAAUAUAAAUUGGAACACAUCAUCUGCUUUCGAGAUUUCCUGGGGUAUCUCAGAAAAAUAUGGUCCACCAGUAGCAGACCUUCCAAAUGGCUAUUUUAUCGUACAGCUUAACACUGUUCCUCGAACUCACACAAAAAUUUGGGAUAAUUACGCUCUCCCUCCUAUAUACGUGCACUACACAGAGAGAUCCAAAUCAUCAAUAUGGAAAGGAAAACAAUGUUAUGCUGUAAAUGAUCCUCACAUGAAGACAUUCAAUGGACGAAAAUAUGAAAACCAAAAUCAAGGGAUUUUCAUACUGUAUAUCCAAGAAAGAAACCCUUUGUUUCCAGUACAGGUUGAUAUAGAAACUACGAAAUGUAAUAACAAUCCUUAUAGUCAACCAUAUUGUGUUUGCGGCAUGGCUGUACGGGUUGGAAAAGAUCUCUUUGUUAUUAAUCGAUGCGCGGAUAUUGAUAUUGGAUUCCGAUUUUGUGAUGAAGGACUAAUUGACGUAAGGAAACAUGGGGAAUUUAUCUACAAGAUAUACCUUCCGUCUGGUACAUCGAUUGAUGUAUCACUUAUAGAUUAUACAGGAGUUAGAACAAUGAACGUUUUAAUAAAUCCAACGGCUGUGGAUGUUGAAAAAACAGGAGGAUUGUGUGAUAAACUUAAUUUGAAUGGGAGUUAUUCUUUUACGUUGAGAUCUGGAAGUCGGACAGAAAAUCCAACAGCUUUUGUCAAUGAUUGGCGAAUAAAUAAAGAGGACAGUGUUCUGUAUGAAAAAAACUCGUCAGAGUUAAGUUCGUGGAAAAAAGACGAAAUAUUUUGUUUAUGCACAAACGGAAUCGGUAAUUGUACAUAUGACAAUAUAAUGUCAUGUGAUAGAAACGAAAAAGACGCAUUGUCUCCAAAUAGAUGUAAAAUAAUAAGCCAACAACGUCAAUUCUUAAGACACACACAAAAGAUUAAGCCAAGAAUAAAAAAGCAAUUUCGGGUGUUUCAGCAAUCAGAGACAGAAGUUUCACUGAUGUCAAAGUACUCUUUGCAGUGGACUGAGAAAACUGCUGAAAGUUACUGCUUAGAGUUCAUGAAUACUUCUAAAGUAGCGAUGCUUUGUUCAGAAAUACCCAGUAUUGACUUCCAAGGAACUAUAAACAACUGCGUGGCUGAUAUAAUGCUUACUAAUGAGACAAUAUGGGCAAUUGAUUCCCGAGAAAACCUUCGAUUAAGCUGUAUGAAGGAGAUAAAACAGAACAAUACACUAACUGAAAACACCACAUCAGAGUAUAUUACCAUAGUUGAAGAAAUACGACAAAUUGCAUGUCCAAAUGAGUGCAGUGGAAACGGAAAAUGCAUUAAAGGUGUGUGCAUUUGCAGAGACGGAUAUGGUGCAAGUGAUUGUUCAUAUGACUUGUCCGUUCCUCCAGAUGUUUUCAGUAUAGAUAUAGGAUCGGGAGAUAUUUGUGAUAGAAGCAACUGUAACGAAGUUUUUGUAGAUGGAGAUGGGUUUUUGAACACAGAAACAUUAACAUGCAGAUUACAAUGUUUUUUGUAA